CACAGCUGAUCAAAUGUCAUUUGUCAAUUUGUCAAGAAAAUGGAGUUUUGUUACGCAUAAAAUUGUUUUAAUAAUUCAUUAUGAUAUUAAAUAACAUAAUUUGCAAAACCUGCCUGGGUUAGAAUGGAGAAUACAACUCCAUUUCAACCGUGGGCAGUAGAAGAUAGUUCAAAAAAUGUUAAAUCGGAGAGAGAAUUAGCAGAUGACGCGAAACUUCAUCGGGAAAAUGUCAAUCAUCCAAAACAUAGGCAAACUGCGUCUUACGAUAAAGAGAGUGUCGUUGGUUCAAGCAAUAAUCCGGGACCAUCAGGUUCUACGGAUACGGGCUUAUCCCCCGCCAGUGGAAAAGAGACCAAAAUGGACUCGGGCAAAAUAGCUUCCAUGCAACAAAUUGUUGAGAACACCCUAAGUCAAGAAGGAAGACAAAGGGUAUCCCAACUGUUAGAAGCAGUAGAAGCUCUGAGUGGCGCAGAGAGAUUGUUAUUGUACCUCCGACUACCAACAGGGGUACCUCCACAUGACCCUUUGAAACAACCUGUCAAUCCUCUGGGAUCAAGAGCGGAGCUUCAACAGACAGUAACAUGGAUACAAACACACCUAGAAGUGGACCCUGAUGUGUCAUUACCAAAACAAGAUGUGUAUGAUGAAUAUAUCGCACACUGUAUGAGCUGUAACAUGAAGCCACUGUCCACAGCCGACUUCGGCAAAGUUAUGAAGCAGGUAUAUCCAACUGUGCGCCCGCGACGAUUGGGGACGCGCGGGAAUUCUAGAUAUUGCUAUGCGGGUUUACGUAAAAAGGUGAAGUUGGAGGUACCACAACUCCCAGAUUUGGGUGAAUCAUCCAAGGAAGUACAUGUAGCAUCGCGGGAAACGGAGCGAAUAAUAUGUGACUGGGCAGAAACUAAAUUAGGUGUGAAGUUCAACAGUAUAUCGGAACUAUCAAGGCACGUGUCCUCGCUAGCGAUACAGCGCGCGCCGCCGGGGCCCUCCAGUGCGUCGCCCCCUCCUAUGGCAGUGCAUGUUCCAACAGAAGAAUCUUCCGGUCCACAGUUAAUGAAACAGUUGAAGCGGAAAUUACAGGGCACCCCGGGAAGACCAAAGAAGAACAAAGCUCAAGAGAUUAUAGUGGAAUCGCCGCCGUCUACCUCAUACAUCGGGCAGCACUCGUCCGUGAAGCACGAGAGCGAGCUGCUGCCCGAGAGCGGGUACGCGUACCAGCCCGGCUACAUGCCCGUGUACGAGGUGCGGCCGCCCUUCCCGUACGCGCCUCCGCCGCGCGCUCACCCCCCGCACCCCGCGCACCCGCCGCACCCCCCGCACCCGCCGCACGGCGCGCACCCGCACCCCGCGCCGCCCGCGCCGCACCCCGCGCUGCCCGUGCACGAGUACCGCGCCGAGCCCUACGUAUUCGAGCCGCCGUACGCGCCGCGCGACCUCACGCUGCCCGACGCCACGCACAACCUGCCCAUCAACCUCAGCAGCGACGCCUCGCUCGACCUCUCCACCGAGCGCACCGAGUGGCCGCGCCGCCGCCCGCCCGACCCGCACGCGCCCCGCCUGCCCCUUCCCGGCAAGAAGCUCAUCCUGGAGACCUACCAGAGCGAGACCCAAGCCAGCUCCCCGCGCCACACGGAAACGUACUUACCGAAGAAGAUGCGAGCCGCCGAAAUACUCUGCGGGAAGACCGCCGCGCCGAGGCAGCCCGCGAUGGGUGCGGAACAGGCGACGUCGAGCGCGACCGGCGUCGAGCCGUCCCUUCGUCCCGAGGUUGCUUUUUUAGAGGAUCCAAAAAACUUACCGAGCCGGUCCAAAAGCACCGCCGCGGCGCUGGCCCGGGAGGAACAGGAGGCGGCGAGUCCGACUCGGUCGGUGAAGGCUCCGACGCCUAGGUGCCAUCGCCCCGCGCAGCGAAAGUAUUUCGGCCGAAACAAGAGUCCGACCCGGCUCGAGCGAGCCGCGACUCCGGAGUCCUGUUGCGGUAUCGAUGGCAUCAACAUCAAAACUGGAAUCAUUUGCGAAGAGAAACAUUCGGAAAUAUUUAAUCGAGAACGAGUGAUCAGCAUCUGCAAUAUCGAUAAGCACGACUUGGACGAUUAUCUCAACGAAAACAACAGUCAGGAACACGAGGAGGAGCUGUUGAAAUACUUUCAUCCGAAAGACACCGACCAAGAGACACCUGUGAGUACAAACGCGACCCAGAACGCGCCCACUUUUUUAGAGACUAGUCAAGAUCCCCACGAUGAACAUAGCCAAGGCAAAAACGAAAAAAUAUCACAAUUGCGAGAGUUAUUAGCGAAGAAUUUAAAAAACCAAAGCGGAUCUAACUCGCAAAAUAUUCCAGGAAAUCAAGAAAAUCAGACUGCGGAAACUUUUAGUCAGGUUAACAAACCUACUACUACGGAAGGAGCUUUCAAGCCUGUGUCGACGAUAGUGGAGACAAUGAAUAAUAGCACUCUCCCUCAAAACGAAGUCAAUUGUGAAAAGCAAUUCAACUGUAUGCCCAGUGAAAAUGGAACAUCGACACCAUAUAAUACGGAUAAUGCACAUCAACUCAUGAGUAGUGUGGGCCCACAUCUGUACAACGGUAACUGUAACAAUGAGCCGCAAAGUCCGACUACCCGGACUCAACAAUAUGACUUUGUCCCAAUAUCUGACGGGUGUCAUUCACCCGCAAAUUUUCAUUCAAAAUCCCCAUUAGGAUUUGGACAAAGGGUAAAUAGCCCAUCAAAAGUAAAUAAAUGCGCGAUUAUGAGCAGUUCACUUCAAACAUCCCCGGUAUCGAUGAGCACUGCGGCUAGUCCUUUUGUGAGUCCGAGAAAUACUCCUGUCCCCAGAUCACGUUUCUUCUCUAAACCAAUACCCAAGCAUAACGGGAGAAAAAGACGCAACCCUCUCACAUUAGGCGUAACGGAACAUUGCUCUAAUAAUAACAGACCGUUCGCUAUACCAAACGAUCAAAAAUUUGUUACGAAAUCUAUGUGUAACACGAAUGUAAAAUAUUGUCAACCAAUGUCAGCUCCGCCUUCUCCAAAUAUUUUAUCACACUACAAAUAUCAAGUUUUCCAAUCUUCUGGUAUGCCUAAUGGGGUAAAUAAUAUGUGUCUCUUUACAAAUAAUUCUUUUAGAGAAAAUAUGAACGGGGAUAAUAGUCAGCCAUUAUCAGCUGAUCCGUUAUCUAGUGAAGUUAGUCAAUUUUUUCAAGAGCCGAUGGCUACGUAUAGGCAUGGGCAUGAUGCCACAUUUAGGUCUCAGUCGGUCCCAUUAAAACAGGCUAUCAAUAAUAUAGGUCUCCUUAGUUAUAAUAAUACUCCCGUCGGUUCAGUGCCGCCUACACCAGUACCAAAUGAAUUCUGUGAUUUUGGAUCUCUAGCAGACUGCGACAUUUCAAAAGCAGGGCUCAAUCCCGAGACACUGGAUAAAAUUUAUGAUGCUAUCGACAGUAGUAACGAGGUACUUAAUGCAGGAACAUCUACGAGUUUACUGAAUUCUAAUGAUACCCUGACUAAUGGUUGUGAUACUUUACCAGAUCAACAGAUACUGACAGAUGACCAAAUAACGUCCUUUAUACCUAGUGGUGGAGAGUUAUUAGAUAGGAGUGGACAAUUUACUGAAACUUUUGCAAACAAUUCUUCUUCUGCGGAAAAUGUUGAAGAAUUUUUAAAACGAACAAAUAGCAUAGAAUUUGAUCUAUCUGAUUUAGAAACAGAUAAAAACAAAUAUUACACUUCUCGUUCAGUACCUAGCACUCCCCUACCCUAUAAACGCGUCGCCCCAAAUUUACAAAUUGAUUCCCGACGAUCUCGAGAGUUGUUUCCAGCGGACAAUUAUUCAAACGUUUCCAACGGAAUAUCGUCAAAAUCUGUUCCAUCCACUCCGCAAUUAGCUGAAGAUAGAAGUAUUUUUAGUUACAGUAAUCGAGAUUUCUUGAUAAAUGGAAAUUCUGUCGAAAUCUGCGGAACCAGUCAAGUGCGUCCAGUCGUCGACAACGACCAAGGGCUCACCUCUCCUCUCGAUGUAUUGCGUGAAGAUAUACUAGAUCCACUGACUCCUGCAGCUGAUUUAUUAGCAGACCUAGAUAAAAUAGAUGGAGCUCCAUACGUUGACCUCUAAUUGACGACCUUAUAAGUUUUUACUUUAUUUGUACAGUCUGAUAUCAUACUUGGUAUCUUAAUUGAGUACAAUGUUUACAAUUAUGCCUUCAGUGAAGGCGGUCUUAUGUUAUGAUUAUAUUAGUUUACACCUUACUAUUUAAGCAGUAAAUGACAUGCUGGUAUUGCCUAUAGACGACUCAUUGGGGUAACAUACGAAACCUCGACCAAAACUUUCGCAGAAGAUUAACGAUAUCAUUUAGUUCAAAUUUCGUAAAGUGAAAUAAACUAAAUGUUAAUUACAAUACAUUUCUUCACAAUCUGAAGUUCUUACAUGCAUUGUGUUUCAAAUAAUGAUGACACAUCGGGUCCAAUUGUUGUUAAUGACGGAUUCCAUAUUAGAACGUGCCUAACGACAAUAUAUAAGCUCAUUAAAAAUAACUUGAAACAUCGAAAUUUUUAUAGAAAUAUUUUGUACAUAGCGUAACACAAUCCGCAUAAAAUGAUAAAAAAAGUGAUAUCACCCUACCUUACGAAUAAGCGGUGUAGUAAUGUUAAGCAGACCAAUCUGGCGCGCCAAGCACGCUCAGAGGACUAUUAUACCAAUUCGUUUCUCUGUUAGGGGAAAUGUCUAGAUAGUUUAUUCAAAUGAAUUUAUUGUAAGUUAGCACAAAGAUUUAAUAUAUUUUAUUAUGCAUAGGAGUUUUACGAUAAAAAUUAACUUCGCCACAUGUAAUGUGGCAAUAAAUAUACAUCCGGCUAUAAAGCUGCUUGAGCUUACAAAAUAUAUAGCCAUAGAUUGGAUUUGUUUUAUAUAUUAUCACUUUUGUUUGUAUGAUAACAAAUAGUGUCGCGAACAAUUUUUCAAUCUA